GCUGGUAUUAUAGAGGAGAUGCUGGAGGACACCUUUGAAAGCAUGGAGGACCAGGAGGAAAUGGAAGAGGAAGCCGAGAUGGAGAUUGACAAAAUCCUUUUUGAAAUUACAGCUGGGGCCUUGGGUAAAGCACCCAGUAAAGUCACAGAUGCUCUUCCAGAGCCUGAGCCCAUGGGAGCGGCGGCUGCUGUCGAUGAGGAGGAGGACAUUGAAGCCAUGCAGUCGCGGUUAGCUACGCUCCGGAGCUGA